GCAUGCUGGGAAUGUCAGAAGGGAAGUCUCCGCUCCCGGAGGGCUCAGUCCUAAUUUCUGGACCUUUCUUCCUUAAGGUGGCUGGGGAGGGAGCCCGAGCACAGGCGCAACCGGGUCUCCCUGCCCUGGCAGAGGAGACUUUCUGCUCUCUACGUCCUGGGGAGAGAGAAGACGCGUGUGGACGAGUUACGGCUAACUGAAGCCGGGAUUGUGAGGGAAGGAGGCGGUGGAGAGAGAAGGGGAUCUUCUCCACCUGGGCACCGGAGAGGUGUACAAAGCGGAAGUCUGCCCACCUUGGGGCUCCCACCCCCCUGAAGGAGCACAGUCUGUCUGGAGCAGAGACCCCAGAGCCAGAGGGAAUGGCCCCCAAGACCCUGAGGUUCCCUUCCCAGGGGUCAAUAACAUUGAGGGACGUGGUUAUGGACUUCACCCAGGAGGAGUGGUGCCUGUUGGAUCAUGCUCAGAAAGAGCUGUACAGGGAGGUCAUGCUGGAGAAUGUGUGGAAUCUACAAUCUGUGGGACUUACAGUUCCCAGAGAAAAUUUUGUCACCUGUUUUCAGCAAUGGGAAUCACCAUGGUUGCUAGGGCAAAAAGAACAACGGAGCUCCUGUCUAGAGGCAGAGACUAAUUUUGAAGUGAAGGAGAUGUGUAACAAUCUGAGCCUUUUUGUAGAAGGAUCUGAUCCCCAGAGAUGCAUGAAUGAGAGUCCUUGUGACUUUAUUUUGAGAGAAAUCUGUGAUGCUGAUAUUAGGGUAAAUAAAAUUCCAAUGAGUGACUAUGAAUUUGAUGAAACUGCAGAGAAAUUCAGCCAAUAUUCAGUCCUAAAUCAGUAUAUGAAAUUGACCUUUGGAAAUUACUCUUCUCGGGAUAGUGAAUACAGCAGAUGUUUUCCUGAAGAAGAAGGAUUUAUUCAGUUGCCAGAGAAACCUCCUGAAAUGCUCAUGUAUCAAGGUAACCUAGCCGAAAUGGCCUUUGACUGCAGUUCAGACCUCAUUAGCCAUCCCAAAAGUAAAUGUAUAGAGAUGCUUACUGUGAAUAAUAAAGUUGGGAGACCUUUCAGGCCAAACUCUGAGCUUGGUUCUCAUCAAAUAUGCCACUCUGGAGAGAAGAAACUUUAUGAAUGUAAUCAGUGUGGAAAGGCUUUUACAAUUAGUACCAACCUUACCAGACAUCAGAGAAUCCACACUGGAGAGAAACCUUAUGAAUGUAAACAAUGUGGAAAGACUUUCACUCGGAAGUGCCAUCUUGCCAGACAUUUCAGAAUCCAUACUGGAGAGAAACCUUAUGAAUGCAAACAAUGUGGAAAGGCUUUCCCACGGAGGAGCCGCCUUGCUGCACAUCAGAGAACCCACAAUGGAGAGAAACCUUAUGAAUGUAAACAAUGUGGAAAGACUUUUACAGAGAAGGGUUCUCUUGGUGUACAUCAGAGAACCCACACUGGAGAGAAACCUUAUGAAUGUAUGCAAUGUGGAAAGGCUUUUAUAAAUAAAUCUGAUCUUUAUAAACAUCAGAGAGUUCACACUAUUGAGAAACCUUAUGAAUGUACACAAUGUGGAAAGGCUUUCACUCGGAGGGACCAACUGGCUUCACAUCAGACAAUCCAUACUGGAGAGAAACCUUAUGAAUGUAAACAAUGUGGAAAGGCUUUCAAACAUAAGGGUUCUCUUAUUGUACAUGUGAGAAACCACACUGGAGAGAAACCUUAUGAAUGUAAACAAUGUGGAAAGGCUUUUACAAAGAACAGUUCUCUUGGUGCACAUCAGAGAAUCCACACUGGAGAGAAACCUUAUAAAUGUAGAACGUGUGGAAAGGCUUUUAGAAACAUAUCUCAUCUUCAUAAACAUCAGAGAGUUCACACUAGUGAGAAACCUUAUGAAAGUAUAUAAUGUGGAAAGGCUCUCUUACUGAACAGCUGAGAAUCCACACUGUGGGAAAUUUUAUGAAUGUAAACAGUGAGUUAAAGAAACCUUAGGAAUAUAGGCAAUGUGGAAAGGCUUUCACACUAAAGAGUCAUCUUGCUAGGUAUCAGAGCAUCCACAUUGGAGAGAACCUUUAUGCAUGCCAUCAAUUCAAUUAGACUUUCACAUGAAGUUCCAUAGUUGUUUCAUUUCAGAAAAUCCUCACUGUAGAGAAAUCUCAUGCAUGAUACUGAUCUUAUAAUUGCCAUUUUAACUCAUUUAACAUGAAAGAAUCCACACUAGAGAGAAAAUGUAGGAAUUUGAUCAGUGUGGUACGGCCUUCAGGCAAUAAUCAUGUUCCCAACUGAGAAUUCCUUUGGGAUUGAAAUCUUAUUCCUCUCCUAAAUGAAGAAAGACAUUGAAAUGGAGAGUCCGGAGCUUGUUCAAUAUGAGAUAAUGUCUUCUGAACAGAGCAGCUCCAGAUGGAUUCCCUGUAGGAAGGCUUUUAACCAGAGAUCAUCUCUUAGUUCAUGUCAGAGAAUGCAUAGUGCAGAAAAACCUAAUGAAUGUGCUCAAGUUGGAUAUUUUCCUCAGGAGGAGGGUGAUCACUAUUGUUUAAAGAACUUGAAGAGGCCUUUUGCUGUAGCUCAGCCUUUAUAUACAGUCCCACAGAGGAGCCCUCACGAAAUACCCCAAAUUUCCUAAAAUAUUACAAUGGCGAAGACUUUUUCUCUGAGAGAUUAAUGCUUGUCACUCUUCCUCACUAUUUGUCAGUAUCUAUUAUAGUUUUUUUUACCCACUCUACUUAAUUGGCACAUACUUGUUUCCUGUCUCUUGCUGUCACAUACAGAUCUUACAGAAACUAAGAAUGCAUGGGAAAGAUGUGGCAGGAACUGGGGACCUGAGCCUUACUGCUCAGUCCAUUCUAUCCAUGGCAUCAGGCUUAUGAUGCAUUGGGCUGAUUUGUGGGUCUGAACAGAAGUCCCACCCUUCUGAUGAUGUAAUAAUGGAGGAUUUGAGGUGUCCAAGUACAGCUUAUCUCUGGAAAUGUCAACUAAUGGGCACUCAGGGGACAUCCUAAGAUUAAGCUGUCAGGCUAGAGAAACAGGACACAACUCCCUUCAUAAGCAAGAGGCAAAGCACCCUCUUUUCUGGGGAUAAUGGUGAUGGGGAUACAUUUUUUUUUGCUUAAGGGAAUCUCAUGUCCCUUUGAGAAAUCAUAUCCUUGGAGAAGUAGUUUAAUAUUCAUUAUUUAUUGGUUAAAAUCUGAAUGCUAAACAAUAAAACUUUUCAAUGAGAUGAA